AUGCAAUACAAAAAGACUUUAGCCACCGCUGCUUUAACAGCAUCUGCAUACGCUGCCUACGUUCCAAGCGAGCCAUGGUCCACUUUAACACCAACCGCUACAUACAGUAACGGUAUUACCGACUACGCUUCUAGUUUCGGUAUCGCCGUCAACCCAAUUAGCACAAGCGCUGCUUCCGUUGCUAAGAGAGAUGCUAUUUCUCAAAUUGGCGAUGGCCAAAUUCAAGCUGCUACUAAGACUACAACCACUUUGAAGACUACUGCUGCUGCUGUCUCUCAAAUUGGUGAUGGUCAAAUUCAAGCUACUACUACUACAAAGAAGACCACUGCUGCUGCUGUCUCCCAAAUCGGUGACGGCCAAAUUCAAGCUACUACUACCACAAAGAAGACCACCGCUGCUGCUGUCUCCCAAAUUGGUGAUGGCCAAAUUCAAGCUACUACUACCACAAAGAAGACCACCGCUGCUGCUGUUUCUCAAAUCGGUGACGGUCAAAUCCAAGCUACUACUACCACUACUAAGAGCACUGCCGCUGCCGUCUCUCAAAUUGGUGAUGGUCAAAUCCAAGCUACUACCAAGACCACUGCUUCUGAUGCUUCCCAAGUCCAAGCAACUAGCAGUGCUGCUGCCUCUGAAGCCGCUUCCACAGACUCAGAUGAUCCAGUUAACGCUGUCUCCUGUAAGACCUCAGGCACUCUAGCCAUGUCUUUAGACGGAAGUAUCUUAACCGACGCCAAGGGUAGAGUCGGUUCUAUCGUUGCCAACAGACAAUUCCAAUUCGAUGGUCCACCACCACAAGCCGGUGCCAUCUACGCUGCUGGUUGGUCUAUCACCCCAGAAGGUAACUUAGCUAUUGGUGACAACGAUGUCUUCUACCAAUGUCUAUCUGGUAGCUUCUACAACUUAUAUGAUGAAAGUAUUGGUGCUCAAUGUUCUCCAGUCCACUUAGAAGUCAUCGACUUAAUCGACUGCUAA